UCUUCCUUUCCUCCAUUAGAUUGUAACCAUGGGGCGCCGUCCGGCCCGCUGUUACCGCUACUGCAAAAACAAGCCCUACCCAAAGUCUCGUUUCUGCAGAGGUGUACCUGAUCCAAAGAUCAGGAUCUUUGAUUUGGGCAGGAAGAAGGCGAAGGUGGAUGAGUUUCCUCUCUGUGGCCACAUGGUGUCAGACGAGUACGAGCAGCUGUCCUCAGAAGCUCUGGAGGCUGCCCGCAUCUGCGCCAACAAGUACAUGGUGAAAACCUGCGGUAAGGAUGGUUUCCACAUCCGUAUGCGUCUUCACCCCUUCCACGUCAUCCGCAUCAACAAAAUGUUAUCGUGCGCUGGAGCCGAUCGGCUCCAGACUGGAAUGCGUGGCGCUUUUGGGAAGCCGCAGGGCACUGUGGCGCGCGUGCACAUCGGGCAGGUAAUCAUGUCUGUGCGCACAAAGACCCAGAACAAGGAGCACGUGGUGGAGGCUCUGCGCAGAGCCAAGUUCAAGUUCCCCGGACGCCAGAAGAUCCAUAUUUCUAAGAAGUACGGCUUCACCAAGUUCAAUGCCUGCGACUUCGACGACAUGAUGGCCGAGAAGCGUCUGAUCCCCGACGGCUGCGGCGUCAAGUACAUCCCCAGCAAAGGGCCGCUGACCCGCUGGAAGGCUCUGCACGCCAAAUGAGCACGCGCUGUGCGAGAACUGAUCCAAUAAAAAAGUGGGGUUUGAGAACCAAA